AUGCCCUCGCAAACAAUUACACUGGAAAGCCAGGCUCUUCGAGUCAAAGUGCUCAUUGAUAAAGAUGGGGCUGCUUUCCUACAAGAAGUGCUGCCUCUUCCCGGCACUCCGCCGGCCCCCGCGUUCAAGAAUUUCAGUGACUCGUAUGUGCCACUGGUAGAGGUGCGACUAGCCGGAGCGGGAACAGAAAGAAACAAAUCGUCGAAAAGCCUCGUGGGAAGCUAUGUAGGCGCUCGUUUGCGGUAUCAGUCUCAUGGGCUUGAUACCGCAGCAGACACGCAGACACUCCAUGUUCGACUGAAGGAUGGUAUAUCGGGGGCGCUGGUUACCUCGCACCUCACGGUUUACGAUGGAUUCCCCGUGUUACGUGCGACAGCUAGUAUCCAGAACAUUGGUGACAAAGAACUUGUCGUGACGCAGCUCACAUCGCUAGUCCUCGGUGGACUAUCGACUGGUUCGGAGAGGUGGUGGCACGAGUAUAGACUCUCUGUACCGAACAACUCGUGGUUCCGAGAAGCUCAGUGGGUUGAACAUGACCUGCCCAGUCUUGGAGUUGAUGAUUGUGGCGUGUAUGGACGGCCUGAUGAGCACUGGGGAAGUCUGGGCCACUAUUCGGUGUCGAACCGCGGCACCUUUUCCACGGAAUGA